AUGGCUAAAAAGGGUCCAGUACCUGCCCCAGAAGAACAAAUAUCAAUAAAAUCCCAUCACCAUCCCCAAAGCAGGAUCCGUGGCGUUCAAUUAACCGUCUCUGAGCCACCUCCACCAACUAUCUCGACUAGGAUGGCCUCGCGAAUGGGCAUGCACAGGGCUGCAGGUUGCCUAACGGGCGGCCCUGUGACUGGUGCGCAGUCGGGGAACCGCACGGCUGGGUAUGCACUGGGCGGGGCAGACAGUGCUUGCGCCCCCACCUCGGUUGCCGUUGAUUCACAUAUACCGAAAUUCCUUCCGGAUGCAGCACCUCACCCACUCUGA